CGUCAUAAUACAUUACAUCUCGUCUGAGGUAGUUGUUGAUGUGAAUCUUUUGGCUAAUGGUUUGUGAGUUUUAACUCUUUGGUACCUGGUAUAAAAAAUACAUAUUUUUGAUAGCAUUUUGACACAAUCAUGAUGGCAGGUGUAUCAGGAGAAAGUAACGGUGUAUCACAUCAACGCAGAAUUGAUAAAGUCCAAAUCGUUCAUGCCGGGGAAGAUGUGAAGGUGAUCCAGCGCCUAGCAUUUCUACUUGAAGAGCAGCUGAAACUAGGAGAGCAAGUUGAUUAUCGUCGUCAUUUCAAACAAGAGUCAUUAACAAAAAUAGCAAAUCACAUUGCUGAUGUCAUCUCCAAUGGGUCAGAGGAUAAGGGAGUGGUCUUGGUUUUCAGUGAAAAGUUCAACAGUGUUGUUUCAGCAAAUCCUACAGCCCGCGACAAAAUUAAAAAUAUUCUUUCCCGAGAAAGACACCUACUGAAAAUUGCAAUGGUUUCUGUUGGAUGUUCCGUUGAGCCAUUUUUCAAGCCCUGCAUCAGUCUGAGCAGUUAUAUCGCCAAAUUGGAGGAUGGCACAGUAGCAGAAGCCAUCUACAAACAGUGGUUCGGACCGAAAGCUCAACUGACUUCCCAGGCCGAGAUGAGCAGGAAUGGUUUGGUCAACCUUGAUGCUGCCCAGGACAACUAUGCUCCUUCAAAAGUGAAAAUAAUCCAUGCCAUGACAGACCCAGAGACUAAGACACACCAGCGCCGCCUGUCCGAUGCAAUAGAUGCAGUGGUAGACCCAGAGCAGACCACCAGCUCCAGAAUCAAGUUCGUCUCUGAUCAAAGCAUUGCCCGGACUGUGCUGGGUGAUUUGGAAUGUUUCCAGUGCUGUUCAGGAUCCAUGCCCAAGGUCCAUGCAGUGUUCGUUUGGUGUGAAGUCAUGCUAAAUGCUCUGAAACAAGAUACUGAAGCCAAACAAAAAGUUGUGGACAUCGUGUGCCGGGACACCAGUCAGCAGAAACUGUAUGCCCACUUCCUCAUCGGUGUGACCCGACAAGAGAUAUCAACAUUCAGUCGAGGGCUCUCACAGUUCCUGUCUAGGCACGGCCACAUUGUCGUUCUCGAAACCUUCAGCAGCCACAGGCCUGUGAAUUACGAGCCAUUCGCCCAAAACUUCCUGAGCAUCUGGGCAGGCCUACAGAAGGUUCCCAAAGACCCAGAGGAGUCUCUGGACCCAACCAUGAACUCACUAGAAUCCCUGGAGUUUCCUCUCACAAUCCAGUCCCAUCCCCACCAGAACAAAAAGGGUGAUCGCCUGGUCAUGAACAACAGCUCCAUCUCGCAAAGUGAGGCCGUCCGCACCCAGCAGAUGGGUAAAGGGUUCAGUGAUAAGAACCCUUCCUUCGACCCACAGGAAAGGAUGGUGACAUCCAAUGGAUCCUUCGAUCCUCGGCUUGGGAAGGUGAUGAAGUACCCCGAAGAGUUCCAGUCGGACGGCCGCUCCAAUCUGCAUGAGAACUCAAGCCGCCACCACACUCUGCAUGGCCUGAGUUCAGCUGACCCCAGUUUAGCCAAUCGGGAGGCGGUGCCUAUCAGGCAGCCGACGAGUAAUGUUGACGGGAAAAAUAGAAUGGCGACCGGUAGCAUUGAGUCCGUUUCGAUGAACUGUGUCACCGGGCCAACCAUGAAGAAUCCACCACCGUCAAGUGAAGAUAGAUGUGCCGUUUCCCUCCCACCCAGUGGAGGGCAGCAGAUGGGUCAACAGCCCAGCUCUCGUGUACCUGGGCAAUGCUAUGGUAAGAACAAAGUUGCAGCGAGCGGCUUCCUAUCAUUUAGUGUGUAUGGAAGUUCAACGAGAUCAGAUUCGUCCAUGAGCCAAGGUGGUGUGGACCAACCAUCAACCUUAGCUUGCUCGAGAGACCUGGGUGUGUCCGCCAGCGACAGCCCUCAGCAGGGACAUAUACUGUCCGUCGGGGACAACCCAAUAAGGAUUGCGUCGUCAGAUUACGAGGGGCUAUCAAGUGAAGCUGCUCACGAGUUGGACGAUGAGCUGCGAACAGUGCAUACAACAAGCCUUGGUCCUGACUCCUCACUGAGGAGCGAUUUACAGAGUUUGCCAAACUCUGACAUCACAGGCAGUGCUAGUGUUGUACAAAGCGACCGUACAGGUACUGGAACCAUGCCCUCGGACGUCAGCAGCUGGACAUGCGGGCAAUCUGAUGGACGUCAAUCGGUGUCGUAUAGGCAGCCUGAAAAUACAGACAGAGUCCUGUCAGCACCUGAGGGGAGAAAUCCGUUGCGAGAGGGAGCUGCUUGUGGAUCUUGUGGAUCAGUGAGUUUGCCGUUUCCAGGAGCAGCUACCAACGCUGCACAGAACAGCUUUCCAAGUGUGAACAGUGUGCAGUCACAGGUUGACAAUGGUGACCUGCUGGGAAAUAUAGACCAGCCGGCACCAGAAGAUACUCUCCUGAGCGACUUACACCAUGCGCUCAUAAGAAGUUUGAAGAUUCGUCUGGAUCCCCCCAAGCAGACCGUUGCCGACUGGCAGGACGUCGCCAGCUACUUUGGCGUUGGCAAUGUCCUCAUCACCUUCUGGAAGGGCCAGAAAUCGGAUAGUUCCCCGACUGAGCAGUUACUGACGUGGCUCAAGGCCGAGAAACAACACCUGACCGUCAAGGACUUGAAAGACGCCCUGGAGAAAGUCAAGCGUCGAGACGUUUUGAGGUUUCUGGAAAAGGAAGGGUAUGGAGCCUCCGUUUGAAGGUUUGGUUUGUCAGAGCUGUUUGUGUUUCUUUUUGCAUUAAUAAUAAUAAUGAUAAACUAUAAGGUGCUUUAAAUCCAUGACUCAUUCUCAAGGCAGUGUCAAAUUUGAAAUGGCACAAAAAAAAAAGAGAAAAAAAUCAUUUAGUUUAACACCUGAUGACGUCAUUAGAGGCACUGAAAACCUUUGGUAAAAGUGUCCAGUUGUGUGAGUUUUGCAAUGCAGACUUAUUUAUGGGGUGCAAUUGUCUUACAUUUGAGUUACUUAAGUUGCCAACAUUAUUGUCAGAGUAAUUUACAGACAUGGGAACCACUGCAGAAAGACUGCCAAAAAGUGCUGUCAUCAAGCUUCUUCUUAUUGCGACAAAAAUGGGGGAAAUAAUAAAAUGUUAGAACAAACUCUUUUUGGCAACAUGUCAAACAUUGUACUAUAUUCUUAAACAAGUGAACAUAAUAUUUAAAUUGUAUAAUUAUAAAUUUGAAACCAAGUAUGUGACUUGGCUUGGUAAGGUUGUUUCCUUUAUUGACAAAUCUUGUGGAUGAUUGUUUGAUGACACAUUCAUAAAUACCCCAGACAUUUUCUCUACUCCUAUUGGUGGAGAGCGCGUCACAUGGGUGUGCAUAAUUCUUUUGUUAAUGCACACUGGAGCUCUGUUUAUGCACACUGAGCUGGCUUCCACGUAUCGGGUGCGUAAGAUUACCACGUGGAAUGCGCAAAUCAUAGCUAUCAGCGCGUAAUCUAAGCGCGCGCAACCCACGCGCCACGAACAGAUUCUUCACAAAGUUUUGGAAAAAAAUUAU